AUGGCCCGCACGGCGGCGCCGGCCGCGGGCUACGGGGCGGACGGAGUGUACCGCUCCCCGCGCCCGGCCGUGCGCAUCGAGUCCGACCCGGGCCUCUCCCUCAACGACCUCCUCUUCCGCCGCGCCGACGCGUGCCCCUCCGCUCUCGCGCUGGUCGACUCCGCCACCGGCCAAUCCUUCACCUUCGCCGCUUUUCGCUCCGCCGUCCUCACCACGGCCGUCGCGCUCUCCUCGCGCGCGGGCGUCCGACGCGGCGACGUCAUCCUCUUCUUCGCCCCACAACUGCUUCCUCUACCCCGUCUGCUUCUUCGCCGUCACCGCCCUCGGCGCCGUCGCUACCACGGCCAACCCCCUCUAUACCCCCAGGGAGGUCGCCAAGCAGUCUCCGAACUCCUUCCCAAAAUCGUGGAGCUCGGCCUCCCCACCAUCCUGCUCGACGUCGACGGCGGCGCGGCCAGUGCCACCACCUCCAAGCCUCGGGGCGCCAGCGUCACGCUCUACUCAGACCUCAUUUCUGGGGCGCGGGAGACGGAGUACCGCCGCCCGCCGACGAAGCAGAGAGAUACGGCCGCGCUGCUAUACUCGUCCGGCACGACGGGGGCGAGCAAGGGCGUAAUCCUGACGCACCGCAACUUCAUCUCGGCGGCGGCCAUGAUUACAGCGGACCAGGACGCGCUCGGAGAGGGGCCCAACGUCUACCUCUGCUUCCUGCCCAUGUUCCACAUCUUCGGCUUGUCCGUCAUCACGUUCGCGCAGAUGCAGCGUGGCAACUCCGUCGUCGUGAUGUCGCGGUUUGACAUGGACUCUGUCAUGGCCGCCGUGCAGCGGCACCGUGUCACUCACCUCUUCUGCGUGCCGCCGGUCAUGAUAGCGCUCGCCAAGCUCGGGAGUGUCGGGAAAUACGACCUCAGCUCGCUCAGGUUCAUCGGCUCUGGCGCGGCGCCGCUUGGCAAGGACGUGAUGGAGGGCGUGGCCAAGAACUUUCCAGAAGCCGUGAUUGCCCAGGGUUACGGAAUGACUGAAACUUGUGGGAUCAUAUCUUUAGAGUACGCAGAAAAAGGACAAGUUCGUGAAUUUGGGUCAACUGGAGCACUUGUCUCAGGAGUUGAAGCAAAAAUUGUUGAUGUAGAAACAUUGAAAUGUCUGCCACCAAAUCAACUAGGAGAAAUUUGUGUUCGAGGACUGAACAUAAUGCAAGGGUAUUUCAACAAUGUGCAAGCUACUGAAUUUACAAUCAAGCAAGGGUGGUUGCAUACUGGUGAUAUUGGAUACUUCGAUGAAGGAGGUCAGCUUUUUGUAGUUGAUAGACUUAAAGAAUUGAUUAAGUACAAAGGUUUUCAGAUUGCACCCGCUGAGCUUGAAGGGCUACUUCUGUCUCAUCCAGAAAUUCUGGAUGCUGUUGUUAUCCCGUUCCCCGAUGCUGAAGCUGGGGAAGUUCCUAUUGCCUACGUCAUAAGGUCCCCUGUGAGUUCUUUGACUGAAGUUGAUGUCCAGAAAUUUAUUGAAAAGCAGGUUGCAUACUACAAAAAAUUGAGGAGGGUUACCUUUGUGGACAGCGUACCAAAAUCUGCUUCAGGAAAGAUUUUGAGAAGAGAACUCAUUGCUAAAGUCAGAUCGUCCAAGCUAUAG